AUGCGCUUUCACAUUAUUUAUGCCAGUUUUGCGGCCGCGGCACUUGCCAUGCCUCAUGGAGGGAACCAAGAGAACAUGGAGCAACCCUCUAGCUCGUCCAUGUCCAUGUCAUCUAUGACAAUGUCAAUGAAGCGAUCCACCCCGACGGCCGAGGCCACUCCAACCUCCUCUGCCUCGAUGCGAGUUGCAAAACCUACCGAUAAACCAACGAAUGCUCAGGAUUCAAUGAUGAUGAUGAUGUGA